CUCAACUCUCUGGGAGCCCUCCUCUCCUGGCCUCAGGCCCCGCCCCGCCUUUGCUGUCUCGUCCUCCACUCAAACCUCCUGCUCAGCUUGCCAAGGAUUUGGGCCUGAUCCAGGAGGAAAGCAUGGGGCCGGGGGGAAUGGCCUCUGGGACGGGGAAGAAGCCAUCUCAGGAAUCAGUGACAUUCAAGGAUGUAGCUGUGGACUUCACUCAGGAGGAGUGGUGUCUCCUGGACACUUCCCAGAAGGCUCUGUACAAAGAUGUCAUGCUGGAGACCUCCCAGAACCUGCUGUCCUUGGGGCUUCCAGUUGUCAAAGCAGAUCUGAUUUCCCAUUUGAACCAAGAGGAAGCUUGGAUGCUAAAAGAAGACCCAAGAAAUUCCUUUAUAGGUGGGGAAACCAGGACUCAAACCAAGGAGUCUAUUCCAAAACUGAGUAUUUCCUGUGAUUUCAGUUUGAGAAAAAUCUGGGAUUGUGAAAGCAAUUUAGAGAAGAAGCAAGGAAACUGGGAGAGUCAUUCCAGACCAUUCAAAAUUAACCUCAGGAAGAUUUCCAAUAAAGAGAGAGAUGAGGAAUAUAAUAAAUUUCAGAGGAAUUUUAGUCAAGAGUUAGAUCUAACCCUUUCUGUCCAACAGACAGUCCCCACUGGAAAGAUGAACCAUGAACAUGAUGAAAAUGGAAGGAGCUUCAGGCAAUAUUCAGACCUAAUUCAAUUUAAGAAAAUUACCUCGGGGAUUGGAUAUCCCAAAUACAGUGAAUAUAGAGACCAUUUUACUGAGCAGAAUAAGCUUAUCCAUCAUCAAGUUAAACAAACUGCAGCAAAAGUUUUUCAAGAUAAUCAUGGUGACACAGCUUUUGCUUUAAUCCCAGACCUUAUUAGUCAUGAGAAAAGUCAUACUGGUGAAAUGUCUUAUAAAGGUGAUGAAUGUGGAACAAGCCUUAUCCAUCGAUCAUCUCUUAGUUUACAUCCAAGAGUUCAUGCUAGAGAGACAUUGCAUGGAUGUAAUCAAUGUUGGAAGGUAUUUUUUCAGAGCACAGAUCUUAUUAAACAUCAGAAACUCCACAGACCAGAAAAGCCUCAGAGGUUAUCCCUUACUUCACAUCAGAGGAAUAAUUCUGGGGAGAAACUUUAUAAAUGUAAUCAUUGUGGAAAAGCUUUCAGACAAUCCUCCAAUCUUGUUGUACAUAUGAGAAUACAUACUGGAGAGAAGCCCUAUAAAUGUAAUGAAUGUGGGAAGGCAUUUACCCAAAGCUCUUCUCUUAUGACACAUCGCAGAAUUCAUUCUGGAGAAAAACCUAACAGAUGUAAUGAAUGUGGGAAAGCCUUCAGUCAGAGCUCAUCCCUUAUUGCCCAUCGAAGGAUUCAUACUGGAGAGAAGCCCUAUAAAUGUAACGAAUGUGGGAAAGCCUUCGGCCAUAGUUCAUCUCUUAUUGCUCACCAGAGAAUUCACAAUGGAGAAAAGCCCUACAAAUGUAAUGAAUGUGAUAAGGUCUUCAGGUGGAAGGCAAAGCUUAUUGAACAUGAGAGAAUUCAUACUGGAGAGAAACCUUAUGAAUGUAGUCAAUGUGGAAAAGCUUUCAGACAAUCCUCCAGACUUGAAGUACAUCAGAAGAUUCAUACAGAAGAUAAGCUGUAUCCAUGUAAUGAGUGUGGAAAGGCCUUUCCCCAGAACUCAUCUCUUAUUAUGCACCAAAGGAUUCAUUCUGGAGAAAAAUCUUAUAAAUGUAAUUAUUGUGGAAAGACUUUUAGCAAGUCUUCCAAACUUGUAAUACAUCAGGGGAUUCAUACUGGAGAAAAGUCCUAUAAAUGUAAUGACUGUGGGAAGGCCUUCAGUGAAAACUCAUCCCUUAUUGUACACAAGGUGAUUCAUACUAUAGAGAAACCUUACAAAUGUAGUCAGUGUGGAAAGGCUUUCAGACAGUCCUGCAACCUUGCUGUACAUCAGAGGAUCCAUACUAGGGAGAAGCGUUAUAAAUGUAAGGAAUGUGGGAAAGUCUUCGGUGAAAGGUCCUCUCUUAUUGGACAUCAGAAGAUUCAUUCCGGAGAGAAACCUUAUAAGUGUAAAGAAUGUGGGAAUGCCUUCAGACAGAACUCAUCCCUUAUUGCCCAUCAACGGAUUCAUACUGGAGAAAAGCCCUAUAAAUGUAGAGAAUGUGAGAAGGCCUUCAGCCGGAGCUCAUCCUUUAUUGCCCAUCAAAGGAUUCAUACUGGAGAGAAGCCCUAUAAAUGUAAUGAAUGUGGAAACGCUUUCAGCCACAGCUCAUCCCUUAUUGCUCAUCAAAGGAUUCAUACUGGUGAGAGACCCUUUAAAUGCAAUGAAUGUGGGAAGUCUUUCAGCCAUAUUUCAUCCCUAAUUGCACAUCAGAGGAUUCAUACUGGAGAGAAGCCUUUUAAAUGCAAUGAAUGUGGAAAGUGUUUUAGCCAGAAGUCAUCCCUCAUUGUACAUCAGAGGAUUCAUUCUGGAGAGAAACCUUAUAAAUGUGAUCAAUGUGUAAAGGCUUUCAUAAAUGCCUCCAAACUUUCCGUACAUAAGAGGAUUCAUACUGGCGAGAGGCCCUAUAAGUGUAAUGAAUGUGGGAAGGCAUUCAGCCGUAGUGCAAACCUAAUUGUACAUCAGAGGACUCAUACCAGAGUUAAAUCUUAUAAAUAUAAUCAAAAGUCUUUUGGACAACCCUCCACCUUUGUACAGAAGAGAAUUAAUGCUGGAGAGAAGCUCUACAAAGAUAAUGAAGGUGGGAAAGUCUUCACUCUGAACUCAUAUCUUGCUGGACAUGAAAGAAUUCAUACUGGAGCAAAACCUUCUAAAUCUAUUUGAGGUGGGAAUGCCCCUUGGCUGGAGAGUAGAACUUAUAUAUCAGAAAAUUAAUACUGUUCAUGAAUCUAUAGCAUUUAAUGCAUUUAAAAAAAACUU